CUUUCACUUGAUAAAGGGCUUUACUCCAUUUAACCUACACUCACUACUGCCUCAUCUGUUGAUCAGAGAAACAUUUGGUGGACUCCAGAUGGCCCUUCGAACCCUCGUCGCCAGAAAAACCCUAGGCGGACUAGGGCUAGGGUUUCAGCAACUUCGCGGCCUGCAAACCUUCUCGCUUCCCGAUCUCCCCUACGACUAUGGCGCUUUACAGCCGGCCAUCAGCGGAGACAUCAUGCAGCUUCAUCACCAGAAGCACCACCAGACUUACAUUACCAACUACAACAAAGCUCUCGAGCAGCUCCACGAGGCCAUGGUCAAGGGUGAUUCAUCAACGGUUGUCAAAUUGCAGAGUGCCAUCAAGUUCAAUGGCGGAGGUCAUGUCAAUCACUCGAUUUUCUGGAAGAAUCUUGCUCCUGUUCACGAAGGAGGUGGUGAGCCUCCAAAGGGUUCUUUGGGUUGGGCUGUCGACACACACUUUGGUUCUCUGGACACAUUGGUGCAAAAGAUGAAUGCUGAAGGUGCUGCUCUACAGGGCUCCGGAUGGGUGUGGCUUGGCCUGGACAAAGAAUUGAAAAAACUUGUGAUUGAAACCACUGCAAACCAGGACCCACUGGUAACUAAAGGACCAACUUUAGUUCCUUUGAUUGGAAUUGAUGUUUGGGAGCAUGCAUACUAUUUGCAGUACAAAAAUGUAAGACCGGAUUACCUAAAGAAUAUAUGGAAGGUCAUGAACUGGAAAUAUGCUGGUGAAGUGUAUGAAAAAGAGUGCCCUUGAAGAAAUGAAUUAUCCGUGACUGGCUUCAGAAGAGUUUACGCUCUCUUCAGGUGGUUAGCGGGAAUAAAUUGAUGUUUAUAUGUGAGAGUUCCCAUAUUUGUUGAUGGAUUCCAUAUUUGGAAACUGAAUAACAUGUUAUAUGAGCUCUGACUUCUGUAGCUCUCUGGAUAUCCUACCAUAUAAAAUUUCCUUCUUUGUGCUUUUUUUGUAUCUGGUUGCCCAGAGAUGUGUUUUGUUCUAAUCAAAUGACUCCUAUUAUGUUUCUACUUUAA